AUGACGUCUGUUCAGCCGCGCCCUCCCUAUACCGACGCCGAACUGCGGCAACUAUACCCCCCUCACCUCCAGCUCCAAUUUGUCCAGGUCCUUAUGCGCCAUGGCGAGCGCACACCGGUGAAUGCCCGCUUCGAGAACACAGGCCUCCCCCCUUUCUGGCCCUACUGCGGCGUCGUCCGGAGGCUGAGCUCCGCCCUCCUCCACCCCGACUCGGAUACCUGGACUGCCCCGGAGUGGCGCCGCCGGCUCGAAGCCUUCGGUCCCAACGACAACCCCAUCGCCGCCGCCGGCCCAGGCGGUGAGCUCGACGCCAUCUGCGACAUGGGCAGCCUGACCGACCUCGGCCGUACCACCACCCACGACCUCGGCCGUCGUCUGCGCUCGCUCUACGUCGACCGCCUCGGCUUCCUCCCCCAGACCAUCGCCGACUCGGACGCCUUCUACCUCCGCUCCACCCCCGUGCCGCGCGCUCUCGAGUCCCUCCAACAAGCCUUCGCCGGCCUCUACCCGCCCUCCGCCCGCGCGCCCUCCUUCCCGGCCCCCACCAUCCUCAUCCGCAGCCCGCCGGACGAGACCCUCUUCCCCAACGAGGCCCACUGCCGCCGCUUCGCCCGCCUAGCCCGCGCCUUCGCCCAGCGCGCCGCCGACCGCUGGAACGACUCCCCGGAAAUGGCCUACCUCAACAAGAAGCUCGGAAAGUGGAUGCCCCCCGACAGCCCCGUCAUCGCCGUCGACUCCCGCCCCCGCCUCUCCGGCAUCAUGGACACCAUCAACGCUACCCGCGCCCACGCCCGCCCCGAGACCACCCUGCCGUCCGAGUUCUACGACCCCAAGGCCAUCGACAUCAUCGACCGCAUCGCCGUCGAGGAGUGGUUCGCCGGCUACCGCGAGAGCAACGAGUACCGCACCCUCGGCAUCGGCGGCCUCCUGGCCGACAUGGUCGGCCGCAUGGUCGGCAGCGUCGAGGGCACCGCCGCCGACGGCGCCCACGAACUCCCCACCCAGCGACACCCCCUCAAGAUGGGCCUCAGCGGCUGCCACGACACCACCCUCGGAGCCGUCCUCACCAGCCUCGGCGCCUCGCAAGCUGCCAAGUGGCCACCCUUCACGAGUCACAUCGCUCUCGAGCUCUUCCGGUCCGCCGACCUCCCUGCUCCCUCUCCUGCUUCUGCUUCUGCUUCUGCUUCCGCUUCCCCUAGCUCCUCCGACUCCACCGAACCCGCCAUCCCCGAGAACUCGCCCGCCUCCCGCGAGUCCUCCGGCUGGUUCUUCUCCUUCUUCAGCUCAUCGUCAUCAUCAUCAUCAUCAUCAUCAUCACCAUCUUCUUCCCCCAAACCCACACCGGGCACCCCACCCCUGGGCAUCGGCCGCAAACCCAUCGACUCCCUCACCCCGCCCGAGCGCCAGAAGCUCAACGGCCACUACGUCCGCCUCCGCUACAACGACGAGCCCGUCACCAUCCCCGCCUGCAAACCAGCCGGGAAGCACCUCGACGGAGACGAAUCCUUUUGUACCUUGGAAGCAUUCAAGUCCAUCGUAGACAAGUUCACCCCGACCGACUGGAAGCAGCAGUGUCGCGCCAACAAGACGGCGCCCGUGAUCCCCGAGAAGGAGGAGCCAGCUGGGAGCUCCUAA